UUGAGAAGAAAGCGAAAGGAUUUUCACAUUUCACAUUCUCAUGUGAGACUCACAUGCAAGAAAAUGCAUGUAUGACAUAUGCUCAGCCUUCCGACACGAUUCAAAUUUCAUCUCACUACUCUCUCUCUUUCUCUCUCUUCUUCCUCCUUUCCCAUUCCACUUCACUCUCAGGAGGGAGCAAGGAAAAGAACAAAAAUGGAGAAGGAGAAGAAGAACCAACCGAAACCCACCAAAUAUGUUCGCAAUUUCUGUGUUUUUCUCUUCUCCUUCUUCACCAUUUGUAAAACUGGUGUUGCUUUUGAUUACGCUGACGCAUUAACCAAGAGCCUCCUUUACUUCGAAGCACAGCGCUCCGGUCGCUUACCUUACAACCAGCGCGUCACUUGGAGAGACCAUUCAGGCCUCACUGAUGGCUUAGAACAAGGAGUGGACUUAGUUGGAGGAUAUUAUGAUGCAGGGGACCAUGUCAAAUUUGGGUUACCAAUGGCAUUCACUGUGACAAUGCUAUCGUGGAGUGUCAUCGAAUUCCGAGAUCAGAUCGCUCGCGCAGGAGAAUUAGAACACGCAUUAGAGGCCAUUAAAUGGGGGACUGACUAUUUCAUCAAAGCUCAUACUAGCCCUAAUGUGCUAUGGGCUGAGGUGGGUGAUGGUCACACUGACCAUUACUGCUGGCAACGGCCGGAGGACAUGACCACAUCCCGGCAAGCCUACAAGAUCGACGAGAACAAUCCUGGGUCGGAUCUCGCCGGAGAAACUGCAGCCGCAAUGGCCGCCGCAUCUAUAUUGUUUAAAAGAACAAACCCACAUUACGCUCACCUCCUCUUGCACCAUGCCCAACAGUUGUUUGAGUUUGGGGAUAAGUAUAGAGGAAAAUAUGAUGCAAGUGUGGAGGUGGUAAAGAGCUACUAUGCGUCGGUGAGUGGGUACAUGGAUGAGUUGUUGUGGGGAGCUAUGUGGCUCUACAAGGCCACCGACAAUGAGGAGUACUUGAGAUACGUUAUUAACAGAGCUCAUUGUUUUGGCGGGAUUGGUUGGGCCAUAACAGAGUUUAGUUGGGAUGUUAAAUAUGCUGGCCUUCAAAUUAUGGCUUCAAAGUUGCUCAUGGAUGAAAGACACAAGGAGCAUAGACACAUAUUAGAGCAAUAUAAAUCAAAGGCUGAGUACUACAUAUGCUCAUGCCUUGAUAAAAACAACAAUGGAAGCAAUGUGGAGCGAACUCCGGCGGGCCUUUUACACAUCCGGCAAUGGAAUAACAUGCAAUAUGUUUCUACAGCAUCAUUCCUUCUCACUAUGUACUCUGGUUACCUACGAGGCUCCAAUGGUAAGCUCCAGUGCCCUAAUGGAUUAUUGGAUCAUAAAGAGAUCCUCAGUUUUGCUAAAUCACAAGUUGAUUAUAUCCUAGGUUCUAACCCAAUGAACAUGAGUUAUUUAGUGGGAUAUGGUCCUAAAUACCCAACAAGGGUGCACCACAGAGGGGCCUCAAUAGUGUCAUAUAGAGAGAACAAGGGGUUCAUUGGUUGCACUCAAGGGUAUGAUAAUUGGUAUAGCAGGCAAGAGCAAAACCCCAAUGUUUUGGUUGGGGCAUUGGUUGGAGGACCUGAUUGCCAAGACAAUUUCAGUGACCAAAGAGGUAAUUAUGUGCAAACAGAGGCCUGCACAUAUAAUACAGCACCAUUAGUAGGAGUUUUUGCAAAGUUGUUAGAAAUGGAGGAUCAAACGGGUGGUCAUGAUCAUAAUCAGCCUUUGAUCGCUUCUUAUUAGAAAUUAAAUUUUUAUUAAAAAAAAUUUGAAUAUAUAGUGUUGAAUAUUACACAAGAGUGGUGGUUUUUGGGCGUGACUGAACUAAGAUGCUCAAGCCUCAUUCGUAAUUUGGGAAGCCAAAAAGAAUGGCCUCAAUUUGUAACUUAUAUUUUUAUUUUUCUGCUAGUGUUUAUAAUACCAUAUAUUAAGUUAAUCAUCAUUUCAUUUCCCAGUC